AUGUUCCGCAAUAACUACGACAACGACUCGGUCACCUUCUCGCCGCAGGGUCGCAUCUUCCAGGUCGAAUAUGCCCAAGAAGCCGUCAAGCAAGGUUCCGUUGUCGUUGGCAUCGUCAGCAAGACCCACGCCGUCCUCGCCGCAGUGAAGGAGCUUUCAUCCUACCAAAAGAAGAUCAUCCCCGUCGACUCACACUACGGCCUCGCCCUGGCCGGUCUCGCCUCCGACGCCCGCGUACUCAGCAACUUCAUGAAACAGCAAUCCCUCUCGUCGCGCCUGACCUACGGCCGCCCCAUCCUGCUUUCAGAAAUCACCUCGCGUGUCGCCGACCGCGCCCAGACAAACACCCAGCAAUACGGUCGCCGCCCUUACGGUGUCGGCUUGCUGGUCGCCGGUGUUGACGCAAAGGGGCCCCAUCUCUUUGAAUUCCAGCCUUCGGGCAUCACCCAGGAAAUGGUAGCUUGCGGCAUCGGCGCCAGAUCACAGAUGGCAAGAACCUAUCUCGAGCGCAACCUCGACCAGUUCGAGGGCAGCAGCCGUGAGGAGCUGAUCAAGCAUGCUCUGCGCGCUUUGAACGAAUCUCUUCCCCAGGACAAGGAGCUUACUGUCGACAACACUUCGCUGGGUGUCAGCGGAUUGGAGGAGAACUUCACCAUGUAUGAGGGUCAGCAGAUUGCUCAGUGGUUGGACACGACGUUUGAGAACAGAAACGACGAUGCUGGUGAUGCUGCUGCUCCUGCCGCCGAUGCGCCAGCACAACAAGAGGGUGCCGGAGAGUCGAUGGAGGUUGACUCAUGA